ACCUCUACACCACACAUCAGUAGGUCAUCAAGGAGCCCGUUACUCUCUGACACGUUCUUAAAGAAGUCGGGGAGAGAAGGGAAUCCCGCCACGUAUAGCACUCUUCGUUCUGAGUUGGCUUCCUAACACCCAACAGUUACAUAAUGCCCCAAUUAUAUAACCUAAUGAUGGGUUCCAAGUCAGCUUCUAACCACGACUCACAGCCAUACAGAGGCGUGGACAUAAGUGCCGCGUCAAACACCCUCCGCUUCACCACGAACGGCACAUCGUUCAUUGUUUCUUUUGACAAACGCCACACAUUUUGUAACCUGCAUGACUCAUUUUCAUUUUAGCUUGCACCUUAAGGGCACGCGAAACACAAACACAUAUGAUAGGAAAAGGGGAAGGCGCCCACUCCCUCAUGCACACACACACACACACACACACACACACACACACACACACACACACACUGGAAUGCGUCGCCACAGCCAGUAGUGAAUACUUUAGUUGCACGGAGCGAUACUUUGUGAACACUGCGCCAGCCACCACUACAGUAACAAGUUACUCUAUCAUAUUAUGUACAAUACAUGUAAUGUAUGCCUGUCCCUGCAAUGUCAUCACCAGGGUUUCCCUUCUCUCUCCGGCAGGACGGCGCGCCCCCCGACCAGCUGUACGAGGAGCUGCUAUCAACAAUCAGUCGCGGGGACCACGUGCAGGAGGUGUCCCGCCUCCUGUGUAGGGGCGCCCCCCUAGAGCCCCGGUGUGGCCGCUCCGCCCUCAGAUUGGCUAUCACCACCGAUCGUGCACGCACAGUCAGCCUGCUGCUGGCAAGCGGCGCCUCACUCUCUGCCAGGUUGCUGCAGGAGGCCUGGUACAGUACCAACGUGACCCCCGCAGUGCUGGCCUCCCUCACCACUGCCUACUGCUGCCGGCUGCACGCGGAGCAGCGUCGUCUGGUACAGGUGAGCGGCGUCCUUGUGAAAGGCAUCAGCAAUCUGUUGGAAGACAUUGAGGGGGAUACUCCGUGGCGGACUACAUGGCGAGGGGGCAAUGACACUGACCGAGCGGCUCUCAGUGACCUGCUGGCAAAGGCCGCAGCCGCCAAUUGCCCACUGACUGCAUCAUUCCUACACAGUGCAGGAGCGUGGCCUUUUUUUAGCCCAGCCUCAGGUAGCAGUGCCCUGCACGCCGCGCUGGACGCCGGCCACCAGGAUAUGGCCGAGUUGCUGGUCAGGGACCUCGGGGCCUGUCCCUACGUGCCGGACUCCGGCGGUCGCCUUCCCCUCCACAUCAUGACCGACAAAGAGCAGCAGCAGCUGGAGCAGAGGCUCUUCGAGGAGGAGCGGGAGAAGCUGAGGGAUCUUGAGCUUCGUCAGAAAGCAGAUCGCGAGAAGGCGGCGGCACGGACCGCGCUGGACGUACAGGGAGUUCUUUUCAACCUCCACAAGAAGGGCGAUGUUCAGACUGUGUCCGCAGAUGAUGGCCGCGCCUGUCUGCUGUUGGCUGUGCGCAAAGGUCUGCUGCAGCUGACUUAUCUGCUGCUGCAGGAGGGUCGCCGCCCAGUGGACGGUGUGCUGGACAAAGCAUGCGGCACCACAGCCAUUCAUGAAGCGGCCUCACACGGUGAGGACGGCUGCGUGGCGCUGCUGGUGAGCGCCGGCGCUAAACUUCAACAGCGCGACACCUAUGGUCAGACGCCCCGACACCUGGCCGCCAUGUUUGGCCACACAAGCACUUCUGACUUACUGGCCCGACAAGCUGUGCAGGACCCUCCUUGUCGCGCGGGCACCACUGCUAAGGAAGUGAUGCGAGGAUUUGAGGCAUAUCUGCAGCUGUAUGAAAAAUAUGACGGUGAGCCUCUGACGCCAUCUGAACGUCGUAAUUCAGACAGCGUCACGAGAGAACUUAUGAAGCAGAUAGAGGUUGGGAAGCUGCAGCAGGAGGCUCAACGAGUGGCGGUUGACUUGUCACGAGGCGAGGCCCUUCAAAUAUAUGAGGUGGUGAUGGCGGAACUGAAAGCCAUCAUAGAUAAGGUGUCAGCCGCGUAUCCCACCUACCACGGCGACCUUAGACUGGCGGGCAGCUCUCGGGACGGCUCCAAGUUGUACGCCCCCGACGAGUUUGAUGUAAAUAUCGUUGUUCACGAGGACGGCGUGGGAGUAAAUGUUAGUGAGAGAAGGGAGGAAGAAGCCCUGCUGAAGGGCAGGUUAGAGAUAUCUGUAGAGACCAACAACCCACACCUUCAGGGAAAUAAUUUCAUGACCAGUCUGUACGAGGAGGUGCACCGCUGCCUCACUGGCCACACCCUGCUGGACAAAAGACUGAGCCUGGUGCCGCCGGGCCUGAUCAGCACGCAGGUGGGCGUGGCGCUCGCCCUGGCCUGGCAGGGACAAGAGUACCCUCUGCUGCUGGUCGGCGUGGACCUGGUGCCGGUGCUGGAGGUGCCGUGGCCGGAAAAAAUUCCCAGACCCUUCCUCACUCCCGCGGACACCACCACCAUACAGCUCAGUAAUGCCGCGGACGCCACAUGGCGCUGCAGCUUUGCCUUGGCAGAGGCAAAGGUGCUGGAGACGUUGAGCCCCGUAGAGCGCCAGGCACAGCUGAUGGGAAAGGUAAUUCUGUCCCGCCUGAAGGCCGAGCCCUGGAUGCCACGUCACAAGAAGAGCUUCUGCACCUGGUUUGACACACGCGAGUGGAACAUCCCGGUGCCGAGCGGAUUCUGCUUCAAGAACGCAUUCCUGCGGUGGCUGGAGCAUAAGAGGUGUGAGGAAAAGGACCUUGGCAGGCAGCUGGGGACGGGAGGCAAGGAGGAUCUAGCGAGGCACCGGGGAGAGGGAGGCAAAGAGGAUCCCACCAGGGAGCUUGAGGCGGAGCGGGAAGAGGACCCAAUCAGAUGGGUGGUGGAGGUGUUCAGGCUGAUGUGUGCAAACCCAGAGGAAUCACGAGAGCACCUGGCAACUCUAAACAGCCCCGCCUACUUCGGAGGGGACUGUGAGGGCCGCAAACCUGGAGACGGGGCGCCCAUCGUUGUGCAGUGUCUGGAGGAGAACUUGGAAAAUUUGAGAUCUGAGCCAAGACAGCCAGGAAGCGAUGAGGAACAUAAUGCUGGGGCUAGACCUCUGGAUACUGAUGAUGCAGCUCCACGGUGACGAUCAGCAGUGAUUCACACCACCCUCUGUAAACUACUCCUUAACCCCCUCCAGCACAAAAAACACAGAUAGAUAGAUAGAUUGUUUAUAGGCAACAGCAGUGCAAUGAUUGCAUUUUACUUGUUACUUAUUUUCCUGUUACAUUUAUGAAUUACAUUUAUGAAUGAGACGUUGUCAAUCAUUCCUGUGGCACGUGCACUCCAACAUGAUGAUAACACUAACAUUUUAUUGAUUAUCUUCUACAAACCUAACCUGCUGCAAACAUUUAUAUUUGAUAUCAUGUUGUUACGUGUUGACAAGUAAAAAGACAGAAUAUCAUGUAUUUCUUGACAUGUUUCAUCCAUUGACAGCUUAUCGGAAAACACCUGUUCUAUUGUCACAAGCCCGUGAUUGUCUCGAAUGUGUUGAGUCACUGGGCAGUCCUGGAGGACGUGUCUCUGUCUCUCUGUUUGAAUAAAUAACCUUUUAUUCA